GCCCAUUCAAUAAAUUAAACAUAACAUCAUUACCUCAGCUCAGCCCGCGGUCUUCUUCUUCUUCUUCUUCAUCCCGACGCCUUCUUCUCCAGAAUCCACCACAAUCGUUACCAGUAACAUGUUUACCAAUGAUCAAAGACAAAAGGUGCGCACUGGAAAAUAUGGAUCUCCAAGGUUGCAAUAUCUCCAGGAACUGGCUGCACAAUUUCAAAAUGCAUCUGAUGAAGAAACAAAAGAGAAAGUUGUUGCUAGUUUGGGGAACUUUGCUUAUGAUCCUUAUAAUUAUACAUUCUUCCGCCAGCUGAAUAUUUUGGAACUUUUUCUGGACUGCCUAACAGAGUCCAAUGAGAGGCUUGUGGAGUUUGCAGUCGGUGGAAUUUGCAAUGCUUGUGCAGAUCCAACAAAUGCUGCGGUUGUCAUCCAAUGCGACGGUAUUCCUCUUGUCAUCCAAUGCUUAUCGAGCCCUGUUAGAAACACGGUGAAUUACGCAAUUGGAUCUCUGUAUUAUCUGUGUAGUGCAAAGGCUGAGGAUGAAAUUUUGAAACCAGAGGUAGCGGAUGCUAUGAAAAGAUUUGCAGCAGCUGAUGCGAGCUUUAGCAAUCUAGCACGGGCGUUCUUGGAUAGCUUGCAAGUUGGAAUUUAUGAUCCUACAUGACAUGAAUGAAAGCAAGAGGCUUAUCAGAUGCGAAAUCUUGAAGAUAAAAGUGAUUAAUUCUCUUGUAAAAUAUUUUAAUUUUCUUUUGAUGCAUUUUAUUUUAUUUUCUUCUCUUGUAAAACAUUUCAUUUUGUAUUUUUUUUUAUCGUAAAAUGUACUAAAAACUUAUUGGAAAGAAAACUCGAAUCUCUAUACUUUUCUAUAA